AUGGACGCGCCUGGUGAUAGAGAUAUAGAGCUACAGCGUGCCUCUGGAGAUCUCUUAGACGAGUUUAAUACGAGAUUACCUCCCUUACUGUGGAAGUCCAGUGGUAAUAAACCUCAACUCCACCAAUGGGCCCAAUGCGGCAAAACACAGAAACUGAGAUCUCUUCUGGAGCCAUUUCAAGAGUGGCCGCAGCUUUUAGAUCCCCACCUUCAUGGAAUUUUGUCCCAGUUAACUGAAGCAUUCCUCAUAUAUCUUCGUUGCUAUAGAGAUACGUGUGCAUCAGUAUCCGUAUCCACAUCCUCACCUUACAUUUCCAAAAAUGAGGAUUUGGAGCCUCUAUCGAGAUCAAUCUGCAAGAUUAUUUAUGUUUUGUGUAAAGUUCGUGGUGUGAAAGUGAUUACCAGGUUUCUUAACAAUGAGCCAAAAUAUCUUGAGCCAAUUCUUCGAGCAUUCAUUGCAUGGGACGAUGAUACUAGAAGUGAACUCACGGGAUUAUCUCCGUUUACCUGGGAAGAGAAAUAUGUUAUGCUCCUGUGGCUGUCUCACUUAUUCCUAGCCCCAUUUGACCUUGCUUCUAUCUCUUCCGAUACCGUUCCUAUUCCGUAUGAUAAUUUGUCUGCAGUGGCUGGAUUAUUAGACAACCUUCCUUCAGUGACAUUAUCGGCACUUUCGAUUACCCUGAAGUAUGCCAUGCUUCCAGGAAAAGAGAGUGAGGCCGCCAUCAAUCUUCUGGCAAGGCUUGCGUUGAGGCCAGAUAUGCAGAAACUGGGCCUUAUGAAAGCACUUAUUAGCUGGGCUUUUGCAAUACUGAAUUCAGAUUCUGUUACUUCGGCAUUACCCGCAUUGUUGUUUAUUUCACGACUAGGUGUCCAGUCUCGGGCAGAUGACCUUGCGCCGUACAUUGUAUCCAUAUGUGAUACGGUUACCAGAAUUUCUUCAGAUAGCUCAAACUUUCCGAAAGGACUUUUGUCGUCAGCAUCUGCGCGACAGGCCGUGACCAAAAUUCUUCGGUCCAUGACAAUACUUACACUUACAUUAGACGAGAGGGCGAACGAGGCACAUUACUCAAGUACAACAUCUACUAUUUUGGAAGAUUCAGUAGAUUAUUUUCUUAUUACACUCGCAGAUAAAGAUACCCCUGUCCGGUUUGCUGCCAGCAAAGCUUUAAGUAUGAUCACUUUGAAGCUGGAUCCUGGAAUGGCUUCUGAUAUUGUUGGCGCUAUUUUGGAAGCAUUGGAAGAAAAUAUCUUUUUUGAAAAUUGCAAUGGUACCAUGGUUUCCCAUUUUCAAAUGCAACAAACUACCUCGGCUUCCUUCAAACGAAAUACAAGCGCAGUUGAUUCUCAGAGGUGGCAGGGGCUACUUCUAACGUUAGGACAUCUGCUCUUCCGUCGAGCGCUUCCUCUAAACCAACUAAAUCAAGUAUUACAAUCUCUGAUAGCUGGGCUUGACUUUCAGAAGCAAUCUUCCACUGGAAGCUCAAUUGGAGGCAGUGUUAGAGACGCCUCUUGCUUCGGCAUCUGGUCUGUCGCACGGAAAUAUUCUACACUUGAACUGCAUGGAUUAGACGCUCAAGAAGUUAAACUCAGACCUGACAUAGAUGAGAGCGUACUGCAAAUCCUGGCCACGGAGCUUGUUUGUUCCGCUUGUCUGGAUCCUUCGGGGAAUAUACGUAGAGGUGCUUCAGCCGCGCUGCAAGAAUUGGUUGGUCGCCAUCCGGAUACAAUAUCGGAAGGCAUUUCUCUGGUUCAGAUUGUUGAUUACCAUGCCAUUGCUCGCCGAACAAAAGCAAUGGAUGAUGUUACGCGAAAUGCUGCAUCACUUGGUAUGGUGUACUGGAAAUCGCUUCUUGAUGGAUUGUUAGGCUGGCGAGGAAUUGAAUCUUCAGACCCGCAAUCAAGAAGAACAGCUGCUUCUUCUGUUGGAAAGCUCGGUGCACAGGAAGGCUAUAAAACGAUUCUCAUUGCCCUCCGCAAAACAGUUCAAAUAUUGUCUACUUUGUCUCCAUACGCUAUAGAGGCGCGACAUGGAUGUUUCUUGUCUAUCGCUGCACUAAUUGAUACCUUUCUGGUGUAUAGACAUCACCCAUUCAGUUGUGACAGUGAUGCCAAUGAAAUUGGGUUGGAAAUAUCAAAACUGUGGAAUAUUUUCGACAACAACACUGGGCUAUCCACGGACAGUCUCACUCUCCCGGAGCUUCGCCCCGAUUUGACGGCAGAAGCUUCUGCUGUUCUUUUGUCUUCACUCUCACGCUCUUCCGCUCCUCUGGACGAAAAGACAAUUCCUACUUUGCCAGGCCCAACCGCGUCACUGCUAGAUAAGGCCGUUGGUACACUUACAUUAUGUGCCUGCCGUGGAGAAGAUGUUCCAAUUGAAGCAUCUUCCAAAGCAGCAUGUGAUCUGUUUAUACUUUUAUCAUCCAAAUCACAAAUAGAGGUUGUUCAGCAAUGGCUACACAAUAUCCAGGCAAGUUGGAAGUCCGCUACAGGUAGGGGACAGAUUGCGGCCGUUGGAUCCGUUUUUAAGCAAAUUCCGGCUGAUAGCGAAGGGAGGUGUUUGAUUCUGAACGAGCUGCUUAGGUCUACCGCCCAGGGGGAGUUGAUCUUGAAGCGGUCGUCUGCCGUAAAGUACAUUAUCACGGGAAUCCUGCCAUACACCGAUAGUAUUGAACGACUUUUAAUUCACUUCCAGUCAUUUCUCAACGAUUAUACUACUGAUAGAAGGGGGGACAUCGGCUCUUUUAUCAGGCUUGAAGCAAUUGAUGCAGUCAAUUUUAUUAUCAAAUCAAAGCUUCCCCUAUCACUCAUCAACACUCAUAUCUAUAGCCUCAUGAAGUGCAUAACCAGACUUGCGGCAGAAAAGCUAGAUAAGGUUCGAUUCAAAGCCUGGAAAUGCCUCGAGCUGUUUUGGGAAUCAGAAACAACGCUUCCUCCUUUACAAAGAAGAAAAUAUGAACAUAUAAACGACGUUUCUUCUGUUGAUUAUUUUCUACAACUAUUUUUGCUCCUCUCAGAGGACUGGAUUCGGCCCUCGUUGCUUAAAGGACUGGUUACAUCCGCCAGUGCUGGCUCGGAAAGUCUCAUUCAAUCCUCGAGGCUGGCUUUAGUGCAACAUAUUACGCGGAACAGUGAGGACGGCGGUCUAUUAAAAUCUCAAAUUUUCAACGAUGUUAUUUCUAUACUAGAGAGUACGAUUGAUGACGAUCGCUAUGCUAUACCUAGUGUCGAUACACUCACAUUCUUGCUUGAAAACUGCUUCGAUAACGAUUCGGCUGAAAUGGGCCUUCGGUCUCGAAAACUAUUUGUCCUCACUCAAAAGUUCCACUUCAAAUGCUCGAAUAUACCUAGAAUAGAAGCUGCAGUCAAGUUAUACGCCGUUUUAUUACGACAAAACAGCAUUAGAAUGGAUGUUUUAAAGAAAAUGAUUGGCAUGCUCUUGCAUCCUUACCCAAAGAUCCGAUCGACGACUGCAGAGUGUCUGUUCAUGAGCACUGGUGAUGUUGUGCUAAAACUGAACAAUUGGUCAUUGCCCUCUAAAGAACUCAAGGGCGUUGUUGAGAAUAUCCAACGGAGCCAUGGGCUUAGUUGA